CUUACCUUACCCUACGCUUAAUUUGCGUCUUGUAUAUGCGGAAUUCAGCAGACGCUUGUAUAACCCAUUAAAGAGAGCAGGAAAAGGAACGCCGGUAACCCAGUGGCCAACUGGCGAAGCAGCGUCGAGCGAUCGCACCCGCCAAGCCCCAUUCCGUACCGGUACUGCCGCGCCACCGCCCGUGGAUAACUGAUUCAUACGAAAAGCUGUAAAACAACCUCAUGAGUGCGCCGAACGUCAACUAGUGAACGAUGACCACCGGUCCAAUACCCAGGGGUGGUGCACUCCAUUCUUUCGCUAAACGGAAAGUGAGGGACGCACCGCGCAUCCUAAUUAGCAAAGAGAGUUUCGGCGGCAAGUGAAUACAAAGUCCUCAAUCGACGCAUCACUCAACACAUUAGGCGUCGAAGGACACGAGGACGAAAGUGACUUACCGAAGUACCGUUCAUCAAGGACGACUUCAGAAAACAGUGACUUUUUUAGCAAGUGCGUUGUCACAAUCCAAUCGGCCGAUACUUCUUGCGAUGAUCGCUCGCGAAGGACAUAUUCGAUCAGUGUGUGCUCAAGGACAUUAGUGAUAUUUUAGCUGUUUAAACUGUUGCGAUAACGAGAUAGACUAUGGACGCGACAGUGCCCCGAGUGCUGCUUAGCAUAGCUCUAGCCGCACUCCUACCUAUGGCUAGCCCGAACUCUCAAGAGGAUUUGUCAAAGGAGAAUAUCCCUCACUCGAGACAGAAGAGGAUACUCUGGAUAACGAACGAUGGACGAUUAGCCCUACCACCAGGAACUACUAUGGCUAUCACACCAUCUCUUUCAAUGCCAUUUGUGAGGCAUCCACCGAAAGGUUUCCUGUCAAAUGUGACUAUCAGCUUUCCAUUUUCAAUUGACUUCGACAAACUUGGGCUUACUGACAAUGAAAAUCCCUACGGAGCCUUCCCUCCUAUUCUAGCCCGUUCUAUGGGUCAAGCGGCCUUAUCAAUGGUGACGGACUAUGUCGGGCAGUAUCUAGAUAGAAGGAGAGGUAAACGCUCUGAUGAUGCCCAUAUACAUCCAGAUGUAGAAGCGGCUGUUCUGGAUAGGCUACAUGGAGGAGAAAGAGCCCUAUUAUACGGCAUUGCAGAGGAUAUGCUCGCCAAUUUUGGUCUAUCCGGGAAGGAAUGCCUACUGCGUGCUAUAUGUGAAGUACAAGCACACCCACUCAAUAAUUUCGGUUUUAUUGGAGAAAUUAUGAAAUUGUUUUUCACUCCCAGUAAAUCACCAUACGCGAACCUUUUACAAGAAUAUGUAGAAGCGGAGCGUGCGGGCAGUCAGCCUGGAGGGGAGUGUUGGCCCUACUUCAGGCUCUGCCCAAAGAGCAUAUUCCAGCCAUCUCCUAAUAAAUAUUCGAAGGAAGCCGAAGAUAUCCAUCGGUUACGAGAACAAAAUAUCGAAGAUAACAACAUAGAAGAUGUGCGAGCGAUGUAGAAUAAUACUAUAGUGAUUUCACACGAAAACAUGUGUGAGCCAGUGAACCCAAAUGUAGAAGUAGCGUCCGACCAAAGUUGUUUGUAAAAAAAUAUUUAUUGUUAUAUGUACUACUUCUAAGUGCCAUCCCUAUGUCUACUGUUAAGUUUUACAAUUCUAUUAAUUGGUGCUAUUUUAUUGUUUAAUUUCUUUCUUCGACCCAAAUAAUUUGAGAGCUAUAAUAACUUUUUACAUAAUUGGUAAUAAAAAUUCUCGCAGGAGAUUUUUUGUAAAUAAAAAAUCUCUUGCAGGGUAAGCUAAAAGGAUUUGAUUCCUUGACAUUCACAUAUUGCAUG